UUGUUAGUGCACUAAUUGAAAACCGUAGAGAAACAUACAAGGACAAUUACAUUAUUGAAAUAUGUUACCCGAGCAGAUAUUUUUUAUGUUUUAUUUUUUAUCGAAAGGAAAUUAUAACGAAAUUACUAAUCACCAAGUGUUACGUGACUUUUGAGUUGGAUAUGAUUUAAUUAGAUGAUAAUGUUGAUUAAUCAAUGUGUGGACCGGUCCCGCAGCCAUUAUCUUUAAAGCAUAUAACAUUUCUUUUACUACAGUGAAAACUGUCAAAAUAUAAGUCUCUUUUACCGUUAUUCUAAAUUUGACAUCCACGGCCCAACUAGUUGGAUUUCUGGUCCGUCGUACGCAUACUGAACAUAAAAAACCUCCGCAGACCUACCUCACUACGGCGCCACCGGAAAAACAAUGCUCAGCCUCCUCCCCCGGUCUUGCCCAAAGCUCCGGUUCAAACCCGGUUAUAUAUAUCGGCUAUCCGGGCCCUAUUACUACCCGUCGCCGGUACGCCUUCUCCACCGCCACCGGUCUCUAUGGCUUCGACCACUUAAAGACCCCCAAAGGCUUUCGACGUUUCGUCGACGAUGCUAUCGAAAGGUCCGGAGAGCUGGUUGCAUACAUUUCAGGGAUGCCUUCCUCAGCGUAAAUAAUAAGAGCCAUGGAUGAGAUUUCUAACAGAGUCUGUUCUGUCAUUGACUCCGCGGAGCUUUGUAGACAAACUCAUCCUGACAGGGAAUUUGUUGAGGAGGCGAUCAAAGCUUCAAUAAGAGUUAAUGAAUAUCUACAUUAUCUGAAUACAAAUCAUACUUUAUAUAAUGCCGUGAUUAAAGCUGAGCAAGAGGGCAACUUGCUCACCGACGAAGCUCAUAGGGUCGCGCAUUACCUCAGCCUUGACUUUGAGAGGAGUGGGAUUCAUCUUUCUGCUGAGAAAGUAGAUAGAGUGAACCGGCUGAGUAUAGAUAUUUCCCAAUUGUGCAGACAGUUCAAAAUAUCGUCAAUGACCCGGGUACUGUGGAUAUGUUCCCAGCGUCACUUAUACCUCGAAAUUUGCACCAUCUUCUUAAGCCCAUCUAUCGUUCAACAUCUGUAGUUUCAAAGGACUCGUGGAGGCCUGGGAGUACCAUGAACGAGAAGGGGUUUCGUAUAACAACAGACCGCCACACUCUAUCUUGUGUUCUGGAAGGGGCACCAAAUGAUGAGUUUCAGGUCCGGAAAAUGGCAUAUAUCAAAGGAAAUUCUGUUCCUCAUGCAAACCUUGGUGUUCUUGACUUAUAGCUUCCCGCCAUGAGCUUGCUCAGGUUUCUCUAUACCUAAACUCCCAGCAUAUUCUAAUCUCUUACUCCGCCUAGUUCUCCUUCCACCCUCCCAUUCCCAUACAUAAAUUGCACGAUACUAUUCUAUACCUAAACUCCCAGCAUAUUCUAAUCUCUUACUCCUCCUGGUUCUUCUUCUUCUUCUCUUUCUUCUUGAUCUCAUUCUUGUUGAUCCUUGAAACUCCAGAUGGGAUACAAAUAUGUAUCUCAUGCUUG